AGAAAAAAAAAAACUUUGUGAAUAAAGGAACCCUAAAUCCAAAAUGGCUUGAGGUCGAAGAGUUAGGGUUUUCCGGAGCGCAGAGCUAGGCGGGAGAACGCACGCGGCGAGAGAUGCUUCCGCUUUCGCUGCUCAAGACAGCGCAUGGGCACCCAAUGCUAGUGGAGCUCAAGAAUGGAGAGACUUACAAUGGGCAUUUGGUGAGCUGCGAUAGCUGGAUGAACAUCCAUCUACGAGAAGUUAUUUGCACUUCCAAGGAUGGAGACCGGUUUUGGAGAAUGCCCGAGUGCUACAUCAGGGGCAACACCAUUAAGUAUCUUCGUGUUCCAGACGAGGUGAUUGACAAGGUCCAAGAAGAAACCAAGCGCUCUGAUAGAAAGCCCCCGAGCGUCGGGCGUGGCCGCGGAAGAGGGGAGGUUGUAGGACGAGGCAGGGGGCGGGGGCCGCAAGAAGGAGGCCGAGGAGGCCGUGGAGCUCCAAGAGGAGGCCGAGGUGGUCGGGGUCGUGGCUGAUGAUUCACAUACGUCGCAAAGAUCUGGGAAAAGACAGGCUUGUGCAUGAAAGUUUUGUAGAGCUCCUCUAAGAUUUGAAGAUUUGAGAGCUACUAUUUUCAGUGUAUCACCAUAUCAAUUUAAUUGGCAUCUACAAAACUUUGAUCAUA